AUGGUAGAUCAUCCAACUGUUGUUCUUCAAGAAAAUCAAGAUGACUUGGUCCAUAUUGCAGCUCCGUUUAAACUUCCGCAUACUCAUACCAGCACGAUUUUGUUGGAGGAAGAUUACAAGUCAGUAGCCUCCACAGCCGAUUCGUCUCCAUUGUCGUCUCCGCAAGCUACUCCAAUUUCGUCACACGACUCUGGCGACUAUACCCCAUCUCAUCAACAAAAGCAGCAGCAGCUUUUGUUGGAAACCAUAAUCUCAUCAUUCACAAAACCAUUGAGUCAUGAAAACUUGUCUCGACAUUCACAGUUAUCACUCGAAGAUUUCAAAACCUCGCUUGCAGAAAAUGGGCUUUCCAUGUUGCCAAACUAUUCUAUAUGUCCCACGGGCGAGGAGUCUGGUCUGUACCUUGUCAUUGAUUUAGGCGGGUCGACUUUGAGGAUUGGGAUAGUUGAUAUUUCACCGGACUUGAAAUUGGCAAGAAACAAGAGAGUCAAGGUGUUGGUGGAGGAUAAAUGGAUCAUUUCCAAUGAAUACAAAAACAUUGAUUUUGCAUUUUUCAAAUUCAUUGGAUCCAAGAUUAUGGAUAUCUUGUCUAGACAAACGAGUAUCGACCUUUCGAGUUUAAUUAAGGUGGGGAUAACAUGGUCGUUUCCCUUGGAAACCACAAACUACAACAACGGCAACAUCUUGCACGUUUCCAAAGGAUACACCGUUGACGCUGAAGUUCACGGCAAGGACUUGAAGUUCUUGCUAGAAUCAACAUUGUGGAAUGAGUUUCACGUUAAAAUCGAUGUGAGAUCGAUAUUGAACGAUUCAUUAGCUGUAUACUCAGCUGGUUCCUUCUUGGACGACAAGAUGAAACUAGCCAUGGUAUUGGGAACUGGUUUCAACAUGUGCUGUUCUUUGCAAGCCAACUCCGAAACGAUGCACGAGUCUAAAUUAAUCGAUGAAAAAAUUUUGUUCAACACAGAGUUGUCCUUAUUUGGUCAGCAUUUAUGUCAAGAUUUUACCACCAAAUAUGACGCUGUUAUAGAUGCAAGAUUACAAUUUGCCAAGAAGCACAAUUUUAGGUCGUACUCGACACUUGACCCCACAGACAACUCAGUGUUUCAACCUUAUGAACUAAUGACUAGUGGGAGAUAUUUGCCUGAACUUUGCCGACUUGUUGUUGCUGAUCUUUACAACGGCGGGGAAAUCUUCGCUAAUUUCAGUCAAGAGGAAAUGGUGAAAAUCUUGACUUUACCCUAUGAUGGAUUUGAAGGAGAAAUUAUGUGUUUUGUUGACGAGUCGAAAGAUUUAGAGGCAAUUGGUGACAAGAUCCGCCAAUAUUACGGGUGGUCCAAAUCAAUUGCUCAUUCUGAUGUUGAAAAACUCAAAUCAAUCACAUCAUCGGUUAUCAAAAGGGCUGCGUUUUUUGUUGCCAAUGCCAUUUUGUCGUUUAUUCAACUAUUACAAGAGUAUAACAAGCAAGACAACUUUCAAGGUAUGCUAACCAUUGGGUAUGUUGGAUCAGUGUUGACUUAUUUCCAUAACUACAGAAAUUUGGUGACGAGUUAUGUGAAUCUGAGCAAAGAGGCCAAGACAAGUGGGUAUGAAAUUCAGUUGAAAUUGAUUGACAAUAGUUCCAUCAUUGGAGCAGCUAUCGGAGCAGCUUAUUAUUCAUAG